CAAUGUUGACGGAUAUGUCACAUGUUUGGAACACGUAACACAGAGUCGUGGUGCAGAUUGUUUUGAAAAAGUGAUAUUUGCAAAUUAAAAUUCAUCGUACGACGUUCCAAAGCACGAAUCAUCGUUUUGCACGCAGUUUUCAUAUUAGCUUAUUGAUACAGAUGAUAUUUUUUCUUUCCGAUUGUGUUAAGUCAUAAGCACGGAUUUGCUUUUGUGGGCAUUACAGUGACUUGAAGAAAGAGCUGACUAGUGUAUGUAUGCGCUAUCAAGGAAGUAUUUAUCAUAUUGCUGGAAAGCUGUAAAAUCAGUAAAGCCAGUAAAGAAAUAAUUCGUUGUUAUGCCAAAAAAGGUGGUGGUGUCCAAAAAGAAAACAAUGAAAAUGAAGAGCACAGCUCAUAAUAGCAGCACCCGUAAUUCUGAUACAAAUACGAAUACUUGCGGUGGGCGUCCUAAAGCACGUGAUGAUGAUAGAUAUGGUGAGAACAGUAUGGUUUUUGAAAACAAUCGUUGCAAAUCUUCUAAUAGUCAACACAAGAACAAAGAACAUGAUAGCGGCGAGAAUUCAUUCUUCGAUAAAAGCAAACAGUUACAUACGCUGGAGCACAGGACUGGUGGUAAUACGAUGAAAAAAAAGAAUAGUGGUAGCUUUAAUAGCCAUGCAACCUCCAACCGCAAUGGGAACAGCAAUAACAAUAGCAGUGCGAUGUCACAGAAGAAUGACAAUAAAAAAUUGGCCAAAGAAAUUAAAUCGCUAGUGCUAUGGAAAUCACCAAUAAAAACUCUAAAAUACGCAGGUCUCGAAAUAUUAUAUCUGUUAAAAAUCAACAUGAAUAGAUUAUUACACCAACGAGCACUACUUAUGGCCAUUUUAAUUUUAUUGUGUGGCAUCACUGUAGCCAUUUUCACUCCGGGUCACCAUCAGAAGCUGAUAGAAUCUAUUAAAACCAAAGGAUUCUUUAUUGCUUAUUGGUUAGGCUUGGGCAUAUUAUCGUCAGUUGGGCUUGGGACUGGACUGCACACAUUUCUCUUAUAUCUCGGACCACAUAUUGCCAGUGUCACGUUGGCGGCGUAUGAGUGUAGUUCUCUCAACUUUCCGGAACCACCAUAUCCAAAUGAAAUCCUUUGUCCCGAUGACAAUGGUACAACAAACCAUAUCAUUCCAUCGUUAUGGUCAAUAAUGGCAAAGGUUCGAUACGAAGCAUUUCUUUGGGGUGCCGGUACCGCACUUGGAGAACUCCCACCGUACUUUAUGGCUAAGGCUGCCCGCCUUAGCGGCAACACUACGGAGGAAUUAGAAAAUCUGCAAGAGUUGGAGAAGCUACAAAAACGCAAAGAAAAAGGAGAAAAGUUAGGUUUAUUCGAUAAAGGUAAACUGAUGAUGGAAGACAUCGUUGAACGAGUUGGAUUUUUUGGCAUUUUGCUUUGCGCUAGCAUUCCUAACCCUUUGUUUGAUCUGGCGGGCAUUACUUGUGGUCAUUUCUUGGUGCCGUUUUGGAAGUUUUUCGGUGCUACCCUUAUCGGCAAAGCGGUGAUUAAAAUGCAUAUACAGAAAAUAUUCGUUAUUAUAUCGUUCAAUGAAAACCUAGUAGAUAAAUUCAUCGACAUUCUUGCAUUCAUUCCAAUGAUAGGUGUACGCUUACAAAAACCUUUUAAAGGUUUUUUCGAAAGUCAAAAACAACGUCUCCACCGAAAUAAUCAUAAGCAGUCAGUAAACGCAUCGCAGGGCAAUAUAUUAGCUAGUGUAUUCGAGUAUUUCGUGUUUAUCAUGAUUUGUUACUUUAUCGUCUCAAUUAUUAACACCUUUGCUCAAAGCUGCUGUAAGCGUAUAAUGAAAACUAAUAGUAGCAACGCAUCGAGAAAUGUAGCGUCUAACAAAAAGGAACACUAAAUCAUGGUUUAGAAUGAUGAAUAGCUUGUAUCUCUAGAUGAAUUGUCUUUGUUAGGGAUAAAGCUUUUCUAUGUCGAUAGAUAAACGCAGUGGGUUUUCCCAAUUAUUAUUCUUUCAUCGACGAAACUCCACACACAUCCUGGAAGAAACGAAUAAAAAGUUUAUGAAAUGAUUAGAAAUGGAAUUACAUAAUUUGUAACAAUAGCGUAUUUAAGACAUUAUUUCAACUCUAGUCAAAUAUUGUUUCACAUCCAAAAUUUAAAAGAAUUAUAUGAAAUAAUAUAAACCUUAUAUAAUAGAGCAAGCACAGAAAAAAUACAACAGUAAACUGACUGAUAUAGUUAACAAAUCACAGUUUUUUUGCUUGAUGAAAUAAAAUAAAACUCUGAUUAUUGUAGGUAAAAUAA